AUGCUUCUUGAGCACAGAAAAGCUCAAAACGAAUCAGCGGAAGAGGAACAAGAAUUUUCCGAAGUUUUCAUGAAGAGCUUAACGUAUACCAACCGAUUCGGAAAAUUGAAAAAUAAAGAGACAAUAGCAGCCGUUAGAAGUUUGUUGAUGCAAAAGAAGCUACACAAAUUUGAAAUUGCCUCGCUAGCCAACCUGUGUCCCGAAACUCCAGAAGAAGCAAAAGCUCUCAUUCCAAGUCUCGAAGGACGUCUCGAAGAUGAAGAACUCAGAACGAUAUUGGAUGACAUACAGACAAAAAGAUCAUUGCAGUAUUAA